UUAAGGCAUAAUGCUCAAAUCAGAGAGUGAAAGAUGGCGAGAGAGAAAACGAGCCCUGGUUUAAAGAUCCUGUGGCUCUGGGCCAUCGGCACCGCAGCCAUUUUGGUUACAAAUGUAGUAAGGACUAGAAUAAGAGACAUGGAGCAAAUAAUGAAUGCUCAACAACAGCAGCAACAACAGCAACAAGAAAGUGCUGUACCUGAUUCAGUUAUAGUUGACACCAGGCCGGAGUCCAAUGAGGGAAUUGUUAGAGAAGUUAAAUGAUAGAUUUUCUACAUGGAUUUUACCUCAGCUGCCAGUGCACACUACUCUUCACCCAUUGAGGUUUGAACUAAUAACUAGUUCAUAGAGCCAAGAGUGCAAUUUUGAAUAAAAAUUCUCUCAUCAAAGUGAAGGAAUAGUUGAUCUGUUCUGGUGGGUUAACAAAACUUAUCACAGCUGAAUUUUAUUGUUGUAUUUCUUCUGCUCUGGUCUUAUUAUGAGGAAGUGUCUACCCGGGAGGUUUAAUGUGCACUGACAUAGUUUUAUUGCUGGUUUUGAAACGUUGAUACUGGUAUCAUCCGCGGCAUACUUACUUUACUAAAUGCUGCUUCCAAUAUUCUGAAGAACUUAUUAAUUUGCAUAAAUAUUUCUUGUUCC